UUUUCGCGGAGAACGCUGGAAAACGAAAGGGCUGGGGACAAUGACUUGGAACGUCCCCAACGGCCUCUGCAUUCGGCACGCCGUAACAACACAUCUAGUCGCAGCCCCGCCACCGACCUUAUUUCCUGGCGACCCCCGGAUUGCGAUUCUUCACAUUAUUCACGGUCUCACCGAAGCACCGGAGCGAGUAGCAGAUAUGAGCACAAGCGAUACUCACGUCAUGUGAGAUCUGUUCCGGCGAUAGGAAGCCGGAGUUCAGAAUAUGCUAGUAUGAACCGAUCAGCAAACAAAUGCCGAAUUGGCUCGGCAUCGCCAAUACGUGACCAUGACAAUAUUCCGGCUGGUGAUCCCAGAAAACCUGCCAGUGAUUCUGCCCCUAGCAGAGUUGCCCUCUCUGAUUCGAAGGAAUCUGAGGCAGAGUGCCGUAGGAAGCCUCGCGUGAGCCUCCCAAAGGGUCGAAGCGCAGGUACCACUACUAAGAAUGCUGGCUCACAAACAGACUUGGUUCUGGGCAUUGAGGACCCGCUCUGGAGAGUCCAAAAAGAACAAACAGACAGCGAGCGGAAAGCCCCCAACCUAUAUUCCGAAAGGGGAACGGGAGACCAGGCAAUGUUGUCCUUCCAGGUAAACAGCCAAGAACCCAUGGAUGGUUUUGUCGGCAGAGGGUUUGAAGAUUGCUCCACACUAUUGCCAGUGAGCGGGAGCUUCAGAAGGCAGUUUGGCCCGGAUGAACCCCGCGACGGAUCUGGCGUUACUAUGCUGGGAUACCAACAUGGGGAUAGCGCCUUGCCCAGCGUAGGGCAGCGCUUCUUUCAGCAUCCGGCCUUCCCUAUCGCUCUGUUUACAUCCUCCCGGUUGCCAGGUCAACCCGCCAACUUGACAUAUGACAUAACCGACCAUUCAGGGGGAUCGUGGGAUCGUCAGACCUUACAACCAACGGGUCAGCGGGACAAUACACGGAUAACCGUUUUAGAUCAAGGCAUCGGGCCUGACGAACCAUUCUAUGAGGUCGGAGAUCCUCACCAAGUUCGACACAAAGCUCCUGUCGAGAGCCUACAAGACUAUAUUCGCCGGAUCGAAGAAGAAGCGACGAUGGUUCGGGAGAUGACUGGGGAAUUUUGGGAGGAACGAUCUCAUGGGCCCAGCCUGCUGGACGACAUAACAGGGAGGCCAAGACCGCUCACCGACAUUGACUAUGUGGAUGGCCACGCGGCGAUUUGCCAGCAGGAUAGGUUCCGCCUAAAUGCUGACAUGGCACCUCAUCCAGCUCCGGCCGAGACGUCGAUUUCAUUCUCGAAGGAAGCGGAUGACGCUUAUCUAUGGUCGUUCCCAAGACUAGACCCCAGUUUCACAGAGGUGCAGCGAGGAAGCCCGACGAGAUUCCAGUGGCAGAACGACAUGUUUUAGGUAGCGGCCGGUUAGGAGAAUCAUCGUGGCGCGUAAAAGGCAGGUACUGCUCGCCGAGAUGUGGUCUGUUUGCCGGGAGUGGGGGCAUUGCGAACAAGAAUAGUGCUUAUUCAGGCUCUUGGUGCCGCCAUUUCUGUCUGAUGCCAUGGACAUGCAGGCCACAUUUUUCUGCCUUGUCCACUAUCAUGCGGGCCUUUCCUACUACUGGAGCAUCAAUCAUCUUCCCAUCUAG